GAGAGGACCUGUUGGAUUCUCUGAGUGGAUUACUUCAGAAAUACUGUCAAGGUUCGGAGGGUUCGGCAGCCGAGGAGAAUGAGUCCGCGCCUGCGGGCUUGAAUUGACGUGGAGGAGAGAUGCAGAAGACGACCCAAGGUUCCUUCGAUGCCAGUACCCACUUUCAGAAUGAUCUUCAUCAGUUUCCUCAUCCUUCAGCGUCGUCCUUUGGCUCCAGCGUGACUGCGGCCAGCCCAGCCAAGAGAAUUACCUUCUACAAGAGUGGCGACGCACAGUUCAAAGGCGUCAAGAUGGCCAUCCAUAAGAGAAGCUUCAGAUGCUUUGAUGCCUUGUUGGAUGACCUUUCCCAAAAGGUUCCUCUGCCUUUUGGUGUGCGUACCAUCACGACCCCCAGGGGUACCCACAGCAUUAAACAUUUAGAGCAGUUAGAGGACGGAGGCUGUUACCUGUGCUCUGACCGCCGCUAUGUUAAGCCAAUCAACAUGGAAGCUGCAGGGAAGAGGCCGGCGGUCUGGCACCAUCACAGUCACCCGCAAAACCCUCGGCGCAAACCCUCCCGACCCAGAGGCGCCCCACGGGACAUCAGCACCACCAUCGGCACCCCAAAGGAUUGUCCUGGUAAAAACAACGACCCUACCGUAAGGCGAUCCAUCAUUCUGAGCAGACGAACUGCUCGGAGUCUUCGCGUCUUCAUGGACGAGAUUUCCGAACUCAUGCAGUGUCAUGUCAAGAAACUCUACACUCUGGAGGGACGUAGAAUUGACAAUAUUCAGAGUCUGAUGCAGUGUCCUAGUGUGCUGGUCUGUGUGGGUCGAGAGCCCUUCAGGCCGCUGCUCAUGAGCUUAAAGAAGCUCUCAGAUGAAAAGCUUCCAGGAAUGGGCACAAGGUCUCACUCCAGCAUCUGCAGUGAAGGGCAUGAAAGCAAAAAGAAUGUUAACUUUGGCCUGGAGACAAAGAAAAGCAUUAUCCAUCCACGAUCAGACUCCAGUAACAGAUCUACAAGAUUCUCUCUUUCUUCAGAAAAGUCAUAUCAAAAUGGAUUAUGCAUGACACCGGACAAGGUUGUAGUGAACGAUGACAUUGAGAAAAGAGUGCUUGUAAACAAAGACGGCAGCCUGGUGGAGAUGAGAAGGUCCGCUUCGGCUGUUCAACGAGAGACUCUUCAGUGGUCCACUGAGAUCAAGAAGUCAUCAGUGAAAGUGAACGACUCUGGCUCUGUGAAAGAUGCAGACUAUAUUCAAGCUAAAGCUGAAGGGUUUUCAGACCCAGACUCCAUAUCUGCAUCAGAGACUGAUGAAGCCUUUGCAACAAAGCUGCAUCAGAAGCAUAUAGAGAAGCGCUUUGUCAAAACUGUUGCAAUCACUGCCAAGAAGGUCAUUAAGGUCAUGGAAGAGCGGCCAGUGUCUGCAGUCAGCAACUCCUCCAAUGUGCUCGAGUCUUUGAAGGAAGACCAGGAUGAUGAUUAUGAUGACCUGCCUCCAAGUGUCUCAAGAGCCUCACACUGGUCUCAAAGAUCUGUCAAAUCCACUGCAAAGAGCAUUGUAUCUCAGGAAGUGGAGAAUGGCAAAGACUUGACACAGAAUGCCUUAACUGUGACCUCUCCAUCUCCUAGGUCAAAGAGGUCCCCAUCUCCUAGGUCAAAGAGGUCCCCAUCUCCUAGGUCAAAGAGGUCCCCCUCUCCUAGAUCAACACACAACACUGAAAGUAAAAAAAACGAAAGCAGAGCUCCAAGUGGGAUGUCAGUAAGCUCUAAUAUAUCCUCACAGUCCAAAACAUCCAAAAAAUGUCAUUGUAUCAGCUCCUCAAGUGGUAAUUUGAAAGAGACAAAGACUGAGAUGCUAAAAGAGGAUGAAAAAGAUGAAUCUGAGAGCUUGUCAGGAAAAUCAAAGCUCUCAUCUAAAUCUCUUAAAAAUAACAUUAAGCCUGCAGGCAACCACUUUGAUGAACCUUUAAGUCCCACAUCAACAGCAUCUGUUUCUCUUGGACUAGAAGAAGAGCACAAGGGUGUUGACUUUGAUGAACGAUCAACCAGUGGCAUGUCAGCCACCACAGAGGAAGCUGGACACAAGCUAGAGACUGUAAAUGGAGUGGAUGCAGAGGAAAGGCCAAGGACAGAAAUGUCUAUGAACUCUGUAAUUUCAGACAAAUCCAAAAGGUCCCAUCACAAGAACUGUAAGACUCCUGUUCAAGCUCUUUCUUCUGUCUCAGCUGAAAGCAUCAUGUCAGCAGAACUCAAGAAAAGCAAGUCAGGAAUCCAUUUAAAUGAAAACAAUAUCACUUUGUCACUGUCAUCUUCACGAAGUAAGUCACCCUCGAGAGUUUCACAGAGAAGUGCUAAAAAUACAGCUAUGAAGGACAAAGAUUGUGAGGCUGUCAACAACACCAACCAUGCAGAAAUGAAUGAAGCAUCUUCAAAACAUGACCCAAGUGAAAGAACCUCUGGAAAAGCUAUGCCAGAAAGCGACUGUUUAAACUCUUCAAAAACAUCUGAGUAUUCGGUGAAGUCCAACAAUGGGCACAGUACUAAAGAGAGUGAUAGAUCUAAAGCAGCAGAUCUAUUAAAAGAGAUUGUAGGCAACGCAAGGCCAGUCAGUAGAGGAUCAAAGUCAGUUGCCUCCAGCAAAAAUGUUGACAAGGUUGAAAAUAAGAGCCAAAAAAGCUGCAGGAGCAAACACAGCAAGGUCAGCAUCUCAUCGGAGUGCAACAACAAGGAGCUGAUGCCGUCAUGCUUACCAAAUGCUUCCCCUACAGACGUUGUGAAUGACUGGCUUAUGAACAUUCCCAUUGAUGGCCAUGUUUAUGAAAUGGAUGUCGAACUCGCUGAAGAUAUGACCUUGACUGAAGGUGGUGAAGAUACUUCUCAAAGAGACAAAGUUAAGGCACCAGAAAGCAUAAUAGAGAUUGAGAAACCUCAUGAUGAUCAAGCAGGUGAAAAUCCUAUUCAUCAGGAGAUGGAUGACAUUUGUGUUGAGCCAGAGUUCAGUGGCUCCACCGGUUCUGUUAAAGGUAGCAUGAAUGGCGUAUUAGAAAAAGCGGAGUCUGUACAAGACACAAAACCACCAAGUGCCGAACGAGGAGGCUCAAUGCAAGAUAAAGAUGAAAAAGAACCGGUAAAGUCUACAGCUCAGUGGAAGAUGGCCAAAGAAAAUGGAGUAUUGCAAGAAGAUGAUGUUGAAAGCGGUGAUAAUAGGAAUGAAUCGGAUCAAACACCACAAACAACCUCUUACAAGAGCUCUGGCAAUGAGAGUAAUACUAUGAAAUCUCAAGAAAAUACAAGCUCAGGAACUCCACCAUCUGUUCCGAGACCUCUUCUUACUAAAAGAGUUUCACAAGACCCAGAUCCUGUUUGGGUGCUGAGCUUAUUAAAAAAGCUAGAAAAGCAGUUUAUGUUACAUUACGCAGACGCCAUGGCGGAGUUCAAAGUGAGGUGGGAUUUGGACGACAAUGAGAUGCUCGAUAAGAUGAUAAGUGAGUUGAAAGAGGAAGUGCACAAACGGAUUCAAUCGAGUAUUAACCGAGAACUGCAAAAAAUUCAAAGUCGGGCUGGCAGGGGUCCGAGACCUCCAGAAAAUACUCUAUCGAGAGAGUCCACGGUCCAGACUGAGCAGCGACGUAAGCGUCUUCGGGUCAUGCGCAAUAAGUCCAUUUUGUCAAGGAGUGAUGAAAAUUACACAGCAUCAGGAACUGAAUACAGCGAUCAGCGCAGUGACGAUGAAUACUGCCCAUGUGAUGCAUGCAUGAAAAAGAAAAUGGCGUCCAGAGCAGUCCAGCGAGCUCAGGCUUUGAGUUUGGCUCCAGUUAUGAUGGAAUUUGAUCUGCGGAAAAUUUUACAAAUGAAAAAGGAUCCAGCCCCACCUACACAACCAAAGACAGAAGAACAGCAUGUAGCCGGCUUGACUUGUGCAGUUGAGAAAGAAGAAAACAACUUGGAAGUGGUUCAUGAACAAGUAGAGGAAGCCAAUGACAAUGCUGGAGACCAUAAAUGUGAGUCUGCAGAUCAAGAGCCAGACGGUGUUUUCAAUAAAGCAGAUGAAGUCAAAAAUGCAGAAAACAUCCAAGAUGUAGACUCUGAGAUGAGAGAUCCAAAUGAAGAGGAAGCAAAUGACGAAAAGAGAUUCUGGUGA